AUGGCAACCCUACCAUUCGAGCUUGCGCCAGAAGAAUUGAGUGGUCAAGAAGCAGAUCAACAAAGCAGUAAGCAUACAACUUCAAGGAGUGUGAACGUGAAGAAGUCAUUGCUAGUGAAAUGGAUGUCAUCUGCUGUUAAUGCUCCAAAGCCUCCAACAGAGAAGCGGAGGAAGUCAUCUGCUUCGAACGUGCAAUUUGUGAGGUCCCCGCUACUGAAUAGGAUCCUAGCAUCGCCAAGGAUGCGCCACUCCAGAGCCAAACACCAGAGGUCACCAUGUGCAGGAUUGUCAUCUUCAACCUUACCUGAUGAUACAAGAACGAUUGCUUCUCCUAAUCUUGGCAAAGAUGCAGCAUCAAGGAGCGUGGAUAGGAUCAAGUCCUUGCUGUUGAAAUGGAAGUCAUCUGUUGUUAAUGCUUCAAAUCAUUCGGAAGGAAUGCAGAGGAAGUCAUUUGCUUCACGUGUGCAUUAUGUGAGAUCUCCGGUACUUAAUAGAAUGCUACAGUCACCAAGGAUGAGCCAGUCUCCGGUACUAUCUGUAAGAUCAUCAUCUUCGUCUUCAUUUGAUGAUACAAGAAUGGUUAUUUCUCCUGAUCUUGGCCCAGAUGCAUCAAGACCAAUUAAGAGACGUAAACUUAGAUCUGAUGUGUGGAAAGAAUUUGAGCCUAUUUAUGAGGGGAAUCUAGUAGUACAAGCUAAAUGUAUUCAUUGUUUGGAGCUCUUGUCUGCUACUCGAGAUAAUGGUAGAAGUGCUUGUCGUAGGCAUUUGAAAGUGUGCAAAGAAAGGACUAGAAUGAACCAGUUGGUUGAAAGCAUGAACACAGGACUAUCCCCCGAUUCACUAGCUCUGAAGAAUUGGAAAUUUGACCAAGAGGUCUCACGUAAAGCCAUGAAGAGAAUAAUAGGUUUUGGUCCUGUAGCUUCGCCCCAUGAUGGUUUUACUUUGUUUAAUGCAUUGUUGAAGUGUUUGCAAGAAUGGAAGUUAGAGCACAAGAUAUGUGUUCUAGUAGUUCUAGAUCCUAGGUUUAAGCUCAGUUUUGUAUCAUUUCGUUUGGACACUGGUUUUGGUGAUAAAGGUCCAGCAUACACUGAAAUGGUAAAUGCCACAUUGCAAAAUCUGUUUUCUGCAUAUUCAUCAAUGGCACCUGAUUUAAACUACUCACAACCAGAGCCCAAUGAUGGAAGUAUUGAUGAAGAAGACUGUUGGGCAGACUUUGAACAACAUCUUGCAGCACAAAAAAGGAAGAGAGUGAAAACACCCGCAUCGACUGUAGCUUCUGAAUCUGCAUUUUCCACUAGUGGAAGAAUUGUUAGUGACUACAGAAGUCGACCAACAAGCAAGAAAGUUCAAGCCUUAGUUUAUCAGAUGUUAAAUUAUCAGAAGAUGAUAUUGGCGAUGGUGACGAUAUUUGAGGAAAGGAGGUGUCAGAUGGGAGAUAGGUUGAUUCCUGGUCUCAUGCCUGGUAACUACAGUGAGACCAUAUGUGUGCAUGCCUCUAGGUUAUGUGACUUCUAUGAUCCACAUGAUGAAUCAAAGUUGCUGCAUAGUGACUUGGUUUUGAUUGAUGAAGAGGGAAAUUGCAUCCAUGCACAGAUUUACCCACCAGACCAUGAGCAGUUCAAGCCUUUGAUAAAGGAAGGAAAUAUGUACAACCUGUCAUACUUCGGGGUCAGGAAAUCUGGACAGUACAAGCCGGUUGAUAAUGAUCACAUGAUCAAUUUUACAAGGUGGACUUCUAUGGAGGAGGUCAUUGAGAUCCCACCAGCUUUCCCUAUGUAUACCUAUUCCCUUACUCCCAUGGACCAGCUGCCACCGCGUGUUGAGGACAACAAAUUCUUCAUAGAUGUCAUUGUUGUAGUCACUAUGCUCUCUAAUGUUUCAUCAAUGCGGAGUAGAACACGCCAGAAUGAAGUACUGAAGUGGACAGUCACUAUAUGCAAUGCAAGCGGUGCUUCACUGGAUGUUAUACUUUGGGGUGAGCGGGCAACUGCGUUCCCAGUUGAACAGGUCCAUAGAGAUGGAAAGGCCACCCCGCGGACCGUGAUAUUUGUUGGGACUCUUGUGAAGUGCUUUGCAGAUAAAGUGUCUUUGUCUAGGGGAUCAUCAUGCAAGUGGGACAUAAAUCUUGAGGUCCCUGAGGCGAAGGCCCUUGCAGCAAGUGUGGCAAGCAUCUAUCAACCAGUCAAAUGGGAUCAGCAUAUGGCUUCCAGUGAGCCUGUGGCUUUCGCUGCUCCUGAACAUAAAAAGGUCUUCGACAUCAAGAUACUUUCAUAG